AUGUCAAGAAAUCGUGUGACUAUGUCGGAUUCCAGCGAAGAAGACGAUGAAGUCGCUUUGGAGGAAGAGUCCGACUCCGAAUUGGAACUCCAACAGACUCAAUCUGUGAUGAGAAAGCCACUGUUGCCGCCCCCUUCUCCUUCUUCAUCGGAGGAAGAAGAUCCGUCUGAGGAAUUUGAAACCGAGUCGAAUUCUGAUUCCGAUUUGAUGCAAAAGACACUAGCCGCCAAGCCAUUGGUAGAGACUCAACCAAAGCCGGUGGAAGACAGUAACCUUCGUUUCACGCUGGUGAAAAUAAGCCCCGGUACCAAUAAGGCCACCAAUUCUUCUGAUGCUGCUGAUGUGGUUACUCGUGCCAAGAAGUCCGAGACAUCGGAGAGGAAGUCUAACCUCUUCCAGAGAAUCUGGAGCGAGGGCGAUGAGAUUGUCAUCUUGAAGGGGAUGAUCGACUACUUAGCUACGUAUAAAACUGAUCCAACUCAAGAUAUAGACGAGUUUCAUUCUGUUAUCAAGGAGGAUCUACAGGCUGAUGGUAGCCGAGCGCAGCUCCUCGAUAAAAUCAGAAGGAUGAGGAAGAAGUUCGAGAGGAAAAUCAAGAGUGGCAGAGAGAGGACCUUCUCCAAGCCCCACGAGCAGAGUGUUUAUGAUCUAUCGAAAAUGAUUUGGGGUAAUAAAGAGAAGGCGAUUGUGGUGAGGGGAUCUUCUAGCAAGAAGGAGAGUGAAGAGGUGUUGGAGAAGAAGAGGAAGAGGGUGGACUUGAAUAACCGUGGGGCGAUGACCGUGGAGGAGAGGAUGUUGAUGGAUGGUGGAGACUUGUUUGAACCGGGGCAAGGCCGUAAGGGGGAAAAGGAGUGGAAGAAGCUUAGAGUUGAGGAAUGGCAGAAUUACCUUAAGCACUUGGAGGUAAGAGUAGUUCAAACCAAACUUAUUUUGGGAGCUAUGAUGAAGCGUUCUUAG